AUCGAAAUUUACAAAGGCCUCCAGGUUCAGCCAAGACCGGUCCGCAGAGCUUUGCCCCAUCGUCCCCAUUCCCACCCGGAGCCCCGGAGCACAAGGCGCCUGGGAAGGACUGGAGGGGAGGGGGAGGGAGGUCGCGUCGGCGGCAUGGCGAGGUUCCCGAGGGCCGACCUGGCCGCUACAGGAGUUGUGUUACUUUGCCACUUUUUAAUGGACCGGUUUCAGUUCACUGAAGGGGAGCCUGGAAACCAAAUCAAUGAUGGGCAAUACCAAGUUGCUCAGGUCUUCCCGCAAGCAGAAGAGGAAAUGGAAGUGGACACACAUGCAUUCAGCCACCGGUGGAAAAGGAGCUUGGAUUCUCUCAAGGCAGCUGACUCUAACCGAGCAAGCAUGGGCCAAGACUCCCCAGAGCCCAGAGGUUUCACAGACCUGCUACUGGACGAUGGGCAGGACAACACCACGCAGAUUGAGGAGGACACAGAUCACAAUUACUAUAUAUCUCGGAUAUAUGGUCCAUCUGAUUCUGCCAGCCGGAGUUUGUGGGUGAACAUAGACCAGAUGGAAAAGGACAAAGUGAAGAUUCAUGGAAUAUUGUCCAAUACUCAUCGGCAAGCUGCAAGAGUGAAUCUGUCCUUCGAUUUUCCAUUUUAUGGCCAUUUCCUACGUGAAAUCACUGUGGCAACUGGGGGUUUCAUAUACACUGGAGAAGUUGUACAUCGAAUGCUUACAGCCACACAGUACAUAGCACCUUUAAUGGCAAAUUUCGAUCCCAGUGUAUCCAGAAAUUCAACAGUCAGAUAUUUUGAUAAUGGCACAGCACUUGUUGUCCAGUGGGACCACGUGCAUCUCCAGGAUAAUUACAACCUGGGAAGCUUCACAUUCCAGGCAACCCUCCUCAUGGAUGGACGCAUCAUCUUUGGAUACAAAGAAAUUCCUGUCUUGGUCACACAGAUAAGUUCGACCAAUCACCCAGUGAAAGUGGGGCUGUCUGAUGCCUUUGUUGUUGUCCACAGGAUCCAGCAAAUUCCCAAUGUUCGAAGAAGAACAAUUUAUGAAUACCACCGAGUAGAGCUACAAAUGUCAAAAAUUACCAAUAUUUCAGCUGUGGAGAUGACCCCAUUACCUACAUGCCUCCAGUUUAAUGGUUGUGGCCCCUGUGUAUCCUCUCAGAUUGGCUUCAACUGCAGCUGGUGUAGUAAACUUCAAAGAUGUUCCAGUGGAUUUGAUCGCCAUCGGCAGGACUGGGUGGACAGUGGAUGCCCUGAAGAGGUACAUUCCAAAGAGAAGAUGUGUGAGAACACAGAGCCAAUGGAAAGUUCUUCUCAAACCACCACAACUGUACAAGCAACAACCACAAAAUUCAGGGUCCUAACGACCACCAGAAGAGCAGUGACAUCCCAGGUGCCCACCAGCCUGCCCACAGAAGAUGAUACGAAGAUAGCACUACAUCUAAAAGAUAAUGGAGCUUCUACAGAUGACAGUGCAGCCGAGAAGAAAGGGGGCACCCUUCAUGCUGGCCUCAUUGUUGGAAUUCUCAUCCUGGUCCUCAUUAUAGUAGCAGCCAUUCUCGUGACCGUCUAUAUGUAUCAUCAUCCAACGUCAGCAGCCAGCAUUUUCUUUAUUGAGAGACGCCCAAGCAGAUGGCCUGCAAUGAAGUUUCGAAGAGGCUCUGGUCAUCCUGCCUAUGCCGAAGUUGAACCAGUUGGAGAGAAAGAAGGUUUCAUUGUAUCAGAGCAGUGCUAAAAUUUCUAGGACAGAACAGCACCAGUGCUGGCUUACAGGUGUUAAGACUAAAAAUUUGCCUAUACCUUUAAGACACACACACACACACACACACACACACACACACACGCACACACACGAAGGAGCCCUAAGCUGCUGUAGCCUGAAGGAGAUGAGAUUUCUGGACAAGCCCAGCCCUGGAAGGGUAAAAGAGAAACUAAAACUCAUCCAAGGUACCACUGACCAUUGAACAUAGAAUUCCCUAGUGGAAUACCAUUUUAUAGUUCACUCAGAACAUCUCCUGUGGACUUAUCAGAAGUAUGACAAGAUGACAGUGCUAUUGGCUUAGGUGCAGGGUUGCAAAGGGAUAGAGAGCAAACAAUAAUAAUAAAGCUUUAGUUCAUGAGGGAUCUAUGCCUUUGGUUCAAAUAUUCUUCUCUGAUGUCUCAAAGAUAACUGUGUUCCAAAGCCUGAAUCUUUUCUCUCAAAAGAGCAAUGAUGAAUGUUUCAAGAUUGCUAAGAAAAACAGCUCAUGCAGGAGCAAAAAACAAACCUAAAAUAAGAGGGUUUUCUCUCUUUCCACCAGACAUGUGGCAAAAGGAUUUUAUUUUUCUGGUCUAGAUCCACUUGUUCCGACAAGUUCAUUAUCCUACAGAAUAAUCUUUUAUCUGUGCCUCCUUCUCCCUUGUUAAUGAGUGUCCUUCCUAUGGGCUGUGGCAGAAUUACCACACUCUUGGCUAAGGAUUAGGAGAGAGGGAGAGGCAAAGGAGAGUUUCAGUUCUCUUGCCUCAGAUAAAACAGUUCAUUUUUUUUUUUAAGAUACAUUGCCUCCGUUUUCCCAACCAUGAAAUCCUAUGAAGCCACAGUUGCUCUUGGCUGAAGGAAACAAUACAAAGAGUCCCUUAAUCGUUUUUGAAGCAAAAACAUUAAGGGAGUCUAAACAUAUGUAGGGGGAGGGUUUUGGGGUGUUUUUUUUCCUUUUUACUUUGUGCUAUUUCAGUACUUAAGGCCCAUGUCAUUGUCAAUUCCUGUCUAAGAAGCCAUUCAAGUCAGCAUAUCCCUGGUGAUAAAAAAGGAGGAAAGAACCCUGCUGAAUCAUACAGUAAUUUUCUUUAAAGCACAUAGUAGUUACAUAAAUAUAUAUAUAAAUAUAUUUUUGUUUAUAACUAACACAAGGCAGGCUCUUGUGACUCAAAGAGUGCAUUUGUCAUCAAGACAAAACAAAUGCAAGAUGCAUUACUGCAUACUUCCAUAGAGUUGUAAAAUAAUCCUUAAUAUUAGAAUAUUUUUAUGUCCCUUAGCAAAAGUGGCUCAAUUAGUCACAGUGCCGAUCAUUUUCCUGCCUAUUUGAGCCACUCUUUCAUUCCUAUCAACCCCUUCCCUCCCUGGCUAAAUAAAGCAGAUGCAAAAUGCUCCUUAGAUGGAUCUGUCAUUUUGCCUUGUAAUCACAAUCCAGAUUUCGAAACUUCUCCACAAAUGAGGAAAGGAAAGGCAUGGCUUGAGGAGGAAAGUGGUUAAUACGUAUACUGAGCUCCCAACGUUUAAAUUCAGGUCCUGUGUGUACAAGUUCAUCAACAUCUCGACCCAUGAAACUGACAUCCUGUGCCCAGAUGCUGUAGAUUCUCCUAGGGCACAGUGUCCAACAUUUGCAGAUUCAGGUAUCAGGAAGCAGAGAUGUCUUAUAAGCAGCACUUUACUAACAGCUUAGCAUCUGUACACAGUGUCUACAUUGAACAACAUCAGUCUACUAACAGAGUAUCCUAUGUUAUCUUCACAGUUGUCUGACGUAAACUAGUACCGUCUUCAAUCACGUAUAUUUUGCUUUACAUUUUUAAAUACCUGAUGAGGUUAGUAAUUUUUUCCUAACCUACUUAGUUAAUAAUUGAAAAAAAAAAAAAA